GGCUGAAGGCACCUCUGGAACUCGGUCGUCCGUCGAAGAACGCAGAGAACCGACAAUCGUCAUAAUGUGCUUCAGAAUAUCUACUUUGAUUAUAUCGCAUCCCAAAAUGGCAAGCGAGUGAUGUGGUUGCGCAAUAUGACCUUCGACUGGCACCAUACUCCGCAUUGAGUUUCAGGGAGCGGUCGCCUGACCUAUUUGUUCCAAUAUAAAGUACGAGGAAUUUGUAACGCAAAAGCUGACAAUAUAUUCUUUCCUUUCAAAUCGCAUCAACAUGGCACCAGUAGCUAUCAGUGAAGAAAGCAGCAAUGGAACUAUCGGCAGUGUUGCAGAGUCGAAGAAAGUUCAAGCUAAUCAACGGAUAGAGGAAACUCGGAUCAUAAAUCCCUUCUACUCGCCCAGUGCUGGUAACGAGAACGACGAUGACUAUUCGUAUGCCAAGUAUAAGCCCCGCUUCCCCGUUGUGAAUUGGGAACCGCUCACAGAAAUUGAGGUCACCGACCGCGGCCACUUUGCAGAUUCAAGCAAGACGGCUCUCUUCAGUGCUGCACAGAAAGUGAAACAUCUUACACCCGCCAUUGGCACAGAGCUCGUUGGCAUCGACCUCCGCCAGCUAACGGAUCAACAAAAGGACGAACUCGCCCUUCUUGUUGCGGAGAGAGGCGUUGUUUUCUUCCGAGACCAGGAGCUCAGCAUCCACGAGCAACUUGACAUUGCUAGACACUUUGGACCCCUUCAUAAGCACGCGACGACCCCCGUCCCUCGAGAACCAGGACUUGAGGAGGUCCAUGUCGUUUACAAUGACGCUUCCCGACGCCCUGACGCUAGCGCGUUUUCGAAGAUCGAGCUUUGGCACAGCGAUGUGACAUACGAGAUCCAACCGCCAAGUACCACGUCUUUGAAGGUGAUUACUGGUCCCGAGUAUGGCGGUGACACGCUCUGGAGCUCUGGUUAUGCUCUUUAUUCCUCCCUCAGUCCAGGCAUGCAAGUGUACCUCGAAGGUCUUACAGCUCUGCACAGCGCCGUCGCGCAAGCGGAUGGAUCUCGCGCGGCUGGCCUCCACGUCCGUCGCGAACCUGUUGAAAGUAUACAUCCUGUCGUUCGUGUCCACCCAGUAACUGGCUGGAAGAGCGUUUAUGUCAACCCUGGCUUUACUCGUCGCAUACUCGGCGUCCCCAAACCUGAGUCUGACACCAUUCUCAAUUUCUUAUUCCACCAGAUCGCCGAGAAUGUUGACUUCCACGUGCGCUUCCACUGGGAGCCGAAUUCAGUCGCGUUUUGGGAUAACAGGAUUGUGACUCACACCGCAACUUUCGAUUUCUGGCCUCAAACUCGCCAUGCACUCAGAGCUACGCCUCAUGGCGAGAAACCCGAGUCUGUUGAAGACUACGAGAGCCGGACAGGCAAAGUGGCGAAAGAUCGCCAGAUUGAGAUCUGGAAGGAGCAGGGAGUCGAGAUUCCUCAGUCGAAGAAGGGUCUGUCUCGGGCACGCGGAUAUAAUGACUGAGAUGUUAGUCUAUGCUUUGAUUUGCAGAGUAUGAUAGAAGUUCAAGCCACUGUGGCUUUUAGACAGAGCGAGUGCACAGUUACGCAGCAAAAGCCUUUGAUCCAAACAACCUUGGGAACACCGCUACAUAGAGACGUUGACUCAGGCUCUGGCUGAUAGCAGAACUACUACUAGUGAGUACUUCGAUGUGCCCUUUGCAGCCAGUCUUUAUUUAGGUUUGAGCAUACCAUCCACCAACACAAAAGUAUACGGAGUUCCCAUCUCGACAAAUGCCCACUUUCAAGUUGAACUCGAAAACUUGAGCACAUAACGUGCGGUAGCCCUGCGCCAUUGAGUUCAUUGCGUACCAGGCUCGCCUCAAUCUCUGACAGGUAACCAUACUCGAGACUUUUGGCG